CAGAAACGAACUCAAAGCCCAAACCAAAGCUUAAAAUAUCCUGCGAAAGCCAAAACCCUAGGAGCUCUCUCUCUCUCUCUCUACCUCUCCUCUGUUCGCUUUCGCUGUUUAGAAGCCAAGCAAGUUACACAAAAACACACAUACUCUCUCUCUCUCUCUCUCUCUCUCUCUCUCCCAACAAUGGCGACGCCUUCAUUGGACGAAGAAACUUCGAAGAAAGUGCUCCGCCAGGUUGAGUUUUACUUCAGCGAUAGCAAUCUUCCUCGGGACGAUUUUCUCAAAAAAACCAUAAGCGAAAGCGAAGAAGGAUUGGUUAGCUUGGCUUUGAUAUGCUCGUUUACUCGGAUGAGAAAUCAUCUCAAGUUGGGGGAUGUGAAGCCAGACAGUGUCCCUGAAGAUAGAGUCAAGGCUGUUGCCGAAACUCUUCGAAAAUCUACCACCCUAAAGCUUUCCGAAGACGGCACAAAGGUUGGCAGGUCUACUGAAAUCCUGAAGCCAGAGGAGUUGAUAGAGCAGGUAGACAUAAGGACCGUAGCUGCUUCACCGUUUGAGUAUGAUGCAAAGCUUGAAGACGUCGAAACAUUUUUUGGACAAUUUGCCAAGGUUAACAGUGUGAGGCUGCCCCGUCAUGUUGCAGACAAAAAGCUGUUUUGCGGCACUGUCUUGGUCGAGUUUUCCACAGAGGAAGAAGCCAAUAAGAUCCUGGAGCAAUCUUUGGAUUAUUCAGGUCUCAAGUUAGACCUAAAACCAAAGAAGGAUUUUGAUACUGAUAGAGAAAGAGAGGUAAAGGAGUAUGAGGCUUGCCCUCGGACCGAUACAAACCGCAAGAAUAACUCAAAACCAGAGGCAGACUAUCCUAAAGGGUUGAUUGUUGCAUUCACGUUAAAGAGCACAUCAGAUAAAGGUUCUGCAGAGCAUAGUGGUACUCCUGCCACUGCUAAUGGUAGUACAAAUGGUAACAAAACUGAUGGUCACAUUGAUUCUUCAGAGAAUGCUACCGAAGAAACUGAAAAGAAGGUGUCGGAAGAUGUUAACCGAGGUGAUGGAGAUGAAGAAAUUCCUGGAGAGGAUGUUAAGGAGAAUAAGGAAAAUGCUGAUGAGAAGAAUAGUUCAGAUGGUGGUGAAGGAAAGGAAACUGGAGAUGGGGAAAAUCCUUCUGAAGUUCCCGCUGCAAAGAGUGGAGAGAAGGAAGAAAGAUUGAGUGCUGCCGCAUACAAAGAUAACAUGGAUGUUGUUAUGCGUGAGGAUUUGAAGAGUGUAUUCCAAAAAUUUGGCACUGUUAAGUACAUUGAUUUUAAGAUCGGAGAAGAAUCAGGAUACAUUCGGUUCGAAGAGCCUGAAGCAGCUCAGAAAGCACGUGCUGCUGCAGUCCUUACUGACCUAGGAGGUCUGGUUGUGAAGAAUUUCAUUGCAACUUUGGAACCAGUCAGCGGUGAGGCUGAAAAGGAGUACUGGAGCCUCUUCCGUGGCCACCAAGAAAAAUUCCGCGAUAGUAAGAGCCACCGCGGAGGAGGAAGGGGAGGGAGACACAACAAUAGGGGUUGGAAACAUGGCCGAUCAAGGGACAAUGACAACGGAAGUCGCCCAAACAGAGCCCGGAAAUUUUGAGCUACAGGAGAGCCUCCAAUCCAGAAAUCUCAAACCUGUUUUGGGAUCAAUUUUGUGCAAUACCGUUUAGAGAUAUGUUAGGUUUAUUAGCACAUUGCUUUUUGAUCGCCUGGUGGUUUUUUUUUUCUUCGUUUUGAACAAUAAUACAAUAAUAUAGUUCCAUUACCCUGUCUCUGCCUGUGUAACUCGAAUAAUAUAAUUAUUCAAAUUUAUUUUCCUAAUUUAUUUUAUUGUAUUUUA